AAUCGGAAUCCGGCAUGCCGGAGCCCCGAAGUAAACCCAGAAAACCCAAACAAUGCUAUGCUUCUUCGUCAUUAUCUUCUUCAUCUCAUCACUGUAAUGGCGAAACAAUAAGCCUAAGCUCAUUAAUGGCGCGAAGUUCUCUCCUGAAACCAACCCUCGCUAUUGUCCUCAUUAUCUUAGCUUUAUACGCCUUCUUCAAUACCUUCCUCUCCCCUAUUGACGCAACUUCAAAGCUCGACUCCACCUUCCCCAUCGAUUUUUCCAAGUCCUUCUCUUUGCUCAAUACGGACUCUUCUGGUUUCCGUGAAUCUCAAUCUCCCUUGAAUUCGCCACCUGUCAAGGUGUAUCUCUACGAUCUCUCUAGGAAAUUCACGUAUGGUAUGAUCGAGAGCUACUCGAUGGCUCGUAAUUCUAUGAAAUCUCCGGUUGACGAUGUAUCGACGUUGAAGUACCCUGGGAAUCAGCACUCUGCGGAAUGGUGGUUGUUCAAGGAUUUGUUACGGGAGGACCGGUAUGGGUCGCCGGUGGUGAGGGUUUUCGAUCCUGAAGAGGCGGAUUUGUUUUAUGUUCCCUUCUUUUCGUCUUUGAGUUUGGUUGUGAAUCCGAUUCGACCCGGCGGUGUGGUUGGAAAUGCUGGUGUUUAUAGUGAUGAGGAGAUGCAGGAGAGUUUGAUGGAGUGGCUGGAAGGACAGGUUUAUUGGAAGAGGAAUUCAGGGUGGGAUCAUGUUUUUAUAUGUCAGGAUCCGAAUGCGCUUUAUAGGGUCAUCGAUCGAAUCAAGAAUGGGGUGCUGCUUGUUUCGGAUUUUGGAAGGUUGAGGUCGGACCAAGCGUCGUUGGUGAAGGAUGUCAUAUUGCCGUAUUCGCAUCGGAUUAAUUCGUUCAAUGGGGAUAUUGGAGUGGAAGGAAGAAAGUCGUUGUUGUUCUUCAUGGGCAACCGGUACCGGAAGGAGGGCGGAAAAGUUCGUGAUGAGCUCUUCCGAGCACUUGAGGGUCAAGCUGAUGUCAUAAUAAAACAUGGAACACAAUCUAGAGAGAGUCGACGUAUGGCAACACAAGGGAUGCACUCAUCCAAGUUCUGUUUACAUCCCGCUGGAGAUACACCCUCAGCCUGCCGACUCUUUGAUGCUAUAGUGAGUUUGUGUGUUCCAGUGAUAGUCAGUGACUCUAUCGAGUUGCCUUUUGAAGAUGCCAUAGAUUACAGAAAAAUAGCAAUAUUUGUAGAUUCCGCUUCAGCAGUGAAGCGAGGAUAUUUAAUUAAGAAGCUGAGGCCAGUGAGCAAUGAGAGGAUUCUAAAAUACCAGCAGGAGCUUAAAGCUGUGAAGCGAUAUUUUGAGUAUGAAGACCCAAAUGGAACAGUGAAUGAAAUAUGGCGCCAAGUAUCUUUGAAGGUCCCCCUGAUAAAACUAAUGAUCAAUCGUCACAAACGUCUUGUACGGAGGGACUUGAAUGAACCAGACUGCUCUUGUCUUUGUUCAAACCAGACGACAACUUAGACAAGCUUAUGAUGCCACCACUG